AUGGGAGAGGAGUCUAAAGACUAUGAGUUAAUGGGCAAGCCAAGUGAUGAGUUAGAUAGUGCCUGGGAAAACCUCAUGCAAGACUUCUUCACAGAAGUCCCAUACUCGUACGUGGCGAAGGUCGGCCGGUUACAGGAGGGCAUUCCCGCCGAAGGAGGAGGCUUUCUUGCCACUUACUCAUUCAUGCAUCAAAUACAUUGUCUGAAACGUCUCCAUCAUUCAUAUUGGCCUGACCGCUACUUUCCGAACACGACUGAACAGGAGAGAGUUAACUUGCAAGAACACAAUUUGCACUGUCUGCAAAUGCUUCUGAAAGCUGUCAUGUGCAAGGCAGACACUAACCCAGAAACACUACGUUGGGUAGACGAGAGUAAAUUCCCACUUGGGAAUCGCACGUCGCCACACGAAUGUGUCAACUGGGGACUUCUAAUGGAGGGUAUGAGGCAAAGCCGUGUCGACCCUUUCAAACCUGGAGUACUAAUCCAUCCUAAAUUCGGGCCAGUAGUACCAAAUGGUAGACAUUCCGUCAUAAGUGAGCAAGAGCGUCACAGAUUUGUGAUAAAUGGAACGACUAUACUCAUUCCGGAGUCGGAUAGGGAGGUAUGA